CAUGGCCUUUGCACCCAGGGGUCCUGAGGCCUCGUUCUUCCAGGUUUUGGACCACCACAGGGCUUCCCUGCUGGCCGCCCUGAGGAAAGGCGGCGGGGAGCCCACUGGCGGGGGGACGCACCUGGCCUCUAGGUUUGAAGAUUCUGUGGGUCUUCACAUGGUAUCUCAUUGUACCACAAGAAAAAUCAAAAGUGAUUCACCAAAAUCGGUUAAAAAUUUUGCGCUAAUUCUUAAAAUAUUGUCCAUGAUUUAUAAAUUAGUACAGAGCAACACUUACGCAACCAAACGAGACAUAUAUUACACCGACAGCCAACUCUUUGGUAACCAGACUGUUGUGGACAAUAUUAUCAAUGAUAUUUCCUGUAUGUUAAAAGUGCCGAGGAGAAGUCUGCAUAUAUUAUCUACAUCAAAAGGUUUAAUUGCUGGCAAUUUAAGGUAUAUCGAGGAAGAUGGCACCAAGGUGAAUUGUGCAUGUGCAACAGCUGUUGCUGUGCCAUCUAAUAUUCAAGGAAUUCGGAAUUUAAUUACAGAUGCAAAAUUUCUAUUAAUUGUAGAAAAAGAUGCGACAUUUCAGCGGCUCCUAGAUGACAAUUUUUGCACCAAAAUGUCUCCGUGCAUCAUGGUUACGGGAAAGGGAGUACCUGAUCUGAACACAAGACUUUUAGUCAAGAAGCUGUGGGAUACAUUUCACAUUCCUAUUUUCACUCUUGUAGAUGCUGAUCCUCAUGGCAUAGAAAUAAUGUGUAUCUAUAAGUAUGGAUCUAUGGCUAUGUCUUUUGAAGCCCAUAAUCUCACAGUUCCGGCUAUUAGAUGGCUUGGUCUCCUCCCUUCUGAUAUCAAAAGAUUAAAUAUACCUAAAGGCACUUUAAUUCCACUGACAAAACAGGACCAAAUGAAACUUGACAGUAUCCUGAAGAGACCUUAUAUUACUUGCCAACCAUUUUGGAGAAAAGAAAUGGAAAUAAUGGCAGACUCUAAAAUGAAGGCAGAAAUUCAAGCUUUGACCUUCCUAUCAUCAGAUUAUCUUUCCAGAGUGUACUUACCCAACAAAUUAAAAUUUGGAGGAUGGAUAUAAAAAUAUAUCAGAAUAUAUCUUGUGAUUGCAAGAGGCUUUUCGUUAGUUUUGUUUUCAGCAGUGGGUGCUGUUGUGGAAAGAACAUAUGGUCUUAAUAAAAUAAUUUCCGUUAAUUGUAUUUUUUGUCAAAAAAAAUGCUGCACUCUAAUUUUCUUCAGAAGGCUUUAUUUUAUCCUUCUCUGUAGAGACUAAUUUCUAUCCUAUGUUCUAACGUAAAUCAUAAAAGAAUGUAUGUUAUUUUGACUUUUAAAUUUUGUUUGAAAAAAAUGUUUACACAUGUCAUCAAAGUCUGCAGAAAUAUUUUAUUUACUUUCUACAAUACAAGUAAUGUUAAGGCAUGGAGUAUCUUAUUAGUAACAAAAAUAAUAAUAACCUAACUUUGAGAGGUUGCAAAUGAAUGAUAGUGUC